ACGUGCGCGACGUCAUCCGCGAUCGAUUUUGGGGUGCGCGCGCGCGCGUUACCCAUUUGCGUGGUUCGAAAGAGGCGAAUCACGACUCGGCUCGGAUCAGGUGGCAACCAUGGGCAAGGUCCACGGGGGGAUGAAAUGCGUGAAAUAUCUGCUGUUCGUGUUCAACUUCAUCUUUUGGUUAUCGGGCUUGUUGGUUCUGGCCGUGGGACUCUGGCUCCGGUUUGAUCCGGAAACGGUGGAGCUGCUGACCGGCAACGAUGCCCCCGACACCUUCUUCAUUGCCGUGUACAUCCUCCUGGGAGCAGGCGGCCUAAUGAUGCUGGUGGGCUUCUUUGGGUGUUUCGGGGCCGUCCGGGAAUCUCAGUGUUUGCUCGCCUCGUUCUUUGCCUGCCUGUUGAUUAUUUUCGCUGCAGAGAUCGCAGCUGGCGUGUUUGGAUUCAUCAACAAGGAGCAGAUUGUCGAGGAGGUGCAAAAAUUCUACAGCAGCUCCAUCAGUGAGACGUCCAAUCCCAAUGCGACCGCCGUCGCGCUCAUUUACCACAAAACUCUCAACUGCUGCGGGGGCUCAACACCAGCGGCAACAAAUGACCUGUGUCCAGACGCCCCAGAUACAAAGGACUGCCUGAGCGCUAUCACAGAUUUCUUCAACGACAAACUUCACAUCAUCGGUUACAUCGGGAUUGGCAUCGGUGGAGUUAUGGUGUGUGCGAUGAUUUAUGGAUCACUUAAUGCGCUACUAGGAAAUAUUCAAAUUGCCGCAUGUGUGUGAUUUCAGAUUCUAGGGAUGAUUUUCAGCAUGGUGCUGUGUUGUGCCAUCCGGAACAGCAGAGAGGUCAUCUAGCAGGCCCUCGUACGAGCAGGACUUGGACUGAUCCCCCGUCCCCUCUCCUUAGCCCAUCUUUGCAUAUAAAGCUCGUGCACCUACGUCAUAAAAAUCAUGUGACUUGUGUUUCCCUCGCCGUAUUGCCGGUCAAGCUAAGCAUUGCUCAAUGCUACGUCAGUUUGAGACGACACGGAAAUAUGUCUUGUAGCACGACGCCCAGAGUCUUGUCAGAUACCGUCAGACAUUUAGAAGGUGAAAAUAAACGACGGUACGUGGAAAAAUUCGAUAAACUCGGCAUAGGGGUCCCGUACUUAAUGCCAAAAUCGAUGUUUUUGCCGAUAAGAAAUUGGACUGCUAAUUCGGUUCCGCCUGUCUUGGAUCUGGUGAGUAAGUCGUCGAGAUUUGCACGGAAAAGUUUGAAAGCGUAAAAAAGUCCGGACGCAUGCGAAUACUUUGUUGCUGGAUCUGUUCUCGUCAGGAAUGAAAUCCCAACAUAGUGACGGUUUUGUCGGCUCGUGAACACAGAAGCGUGUUCGGGGACACGUUGACCUUUGCCGGAAUCCAUCGAUCUUUUCAGAUAGCAUUCAAUACAGAUACCAAUAUUUCAAUAAAUGACCCGUGUUUUGGAUUCAUUAAAUAUAAUUGGAAAAAAAAAAAGAGGACAGUCAUUUCCAUCAAACGUUGCCUAGAAAUGUAAACUGGAAUGAAAAAUGGUCUUUUAUACAUGCACACAUGCAAUGGACCAGUUACCCAUUAUGAGAAACUUACUCAUUACAAUGAAAAGGUUUCUCAUUACAAUGAGAAACU